CUCUUCCCCCCAAAAUAGGUAUGAGAGAAGAUUUUAUUUUACCAUUUUCGCACUUCUCGCUCAGAAGAUAGAUCUCCAAAUGUUCGAAAUUUUGAUAAAAUCCCCAAACGAAGCCGCUCAAAUCGAAAGUGUUUGAUUAUUUGAAAGUAUGGAGAUAGAUUCGGCUCCGAUGAGUCGUUGCUCCAAAGAACACCAGAAGAUCUAUCAGGAAUGGUUUAAUUAUGCUGAUUCAGAUAGCGAUGGACGACUUACUGGAGGAGAUGCCACCAAAUUUUUUGCCAUGGCCAACUUGCCUCGACCAGAUCUCAAGCAGGUGUGGGCGAUUGCAGACUCAAAACGACAAGGCUUUCUUGGUUUUAAAGAGUUCAUCACUGCAAUGCAGUUAGUAUCUUUGGCACAAGCUGGGCAUCCACCAACUAAUGAUCUCUUAAGUGCUGAAGUUGACUUUGAAAAUUUGAAACCUCCAGUCAUGGAGGGUUUGGAUGUAUUGCUAGCUAAGAAAAAGCAAACUGCGAAAACAAGUGAUCCCGAAUUGAAUGGUAGUUCUCCAGUGCAAACUUCUCCGUCAGCUCAUUGGUUUACAUCUUCAAAAUCUGCCAAGAAGGUAUCUUUAACUUCUGUUACGUCAAUCGUCGAUGGUUUGAAAAAGUUGUAUAUUCAGAAGCUGAAGCCAUUAGAAGUUACAUAUCGUUUCAAUGAUUUUGUAUCCCCCUUAUUGACAAAUAGUGAUUUCGAUGCCAAGCCGAUGGUGAUGCUUUUAGGUCAAUAUUCCACUGGUAAAACAACAUUCAUCAAGCAUUUGCUUAGAAGUAGUUAUCCAGGUGCUCACAUUGGACCCGAGCCAACAACAGAUAGAUUUGUUGUUGUUAUGAAUGGACCUGAUGAAAGGAGUAUCCCAGGGAACACGAUCGCAGUUCAAGCAGACAUGCCUUAUAGCGGCUUGACAACUUUCGGAACAGCAUUUUUAUCGAAAUUUGAAUGCUCUCAAAUGCCACAUCCUCUGUUGGAGCACAUUACUUUUGUGGAUACUCCUGGAGUUUUAUCAGGAGAAAAGCAACGAACACAACGAAGCUAUGAUUUUACUGGUGUGACUUCGUGGUUUGCUGCGAAGUGUGACCUCAUUCUAUUACUGUUUGAUCCUCACAAACUCGACAUCAGCGAUGAAUUUAAACGGGUUAUUUCAUCUUUACGAGGUCACGAUGACAAGAUACGAGUGGUUUUGAACAAGGCUGAUCAAGUUGAUACGCAGCAACUGAUGAGGGUAUAUGGAGCAUUAAUGUGGUCCCUUGGGAAGGUUCUAAAUACGCCUGAAGUUAUGCGUGUUUAUAUUGGCUCAUUCAACGAAAAACCUAUAAACGAGGCUGCUGCGGGUCCAAUUGGGAAAGUGCUUUUCGAGAAAGAACAAGAUGAUCUUCUUACCGAUUUAAAAGACAUACCGAAGAAAGCUUGUGAUCGUCGAAUCAAUGAAUUUGUGAAACGUGCUAGGGCUGCUAAGAUUCAUUCUUAUAUCAUUAGCCAUCUUAAAAAGGAGAUGCCUGCAAUGAUGGGCAAAGCAAAGACUCAGCAGAGACUUAUUGAUAAUCUUGUAGAUGAAUUUGGAAAGGUACAUCUUCUCUCUCUCUCGUGCAUGCUUUUUUUUUUUUUCAAGUUAUAUAUUGAAAUUUAUCGGCUCGUCGGUACCUCCUUUUCUUCCUUUUUCUUCUCCCAUACCCUUCUUAAAAUAGGUUCAAAGGGAGCACCAUUUACCAGUUGGUGAUUUUCCAAAUGUUGAACAUUUUAAAGAGGUCUUGAGUGGUUACAACAUAGAUAAGUUUGAGAAGUUGAAGCCUAAAAUGAUACAAUCUGUUGAUGACAUGCUUGGUUAUGACAUCCCGGAGCUUCUCAAGAGUUUCCGAAAUCCCUAUGACUAGAAACAAGCUUUUUGGUAGAGAGAUUUGGACAGCGGUAAGAUCGGUGGUAAUGGUGCAGUCUUGCUCAGAUGUCACUGCAAUAUAUGUAUUUAAUUUUUAUAAAUAAAUUUUGAGCUUUCCUUGAUUUGAUUUUGGCAUUAAGAUCUGAACAAUUAUUUAUAUCUUCCAAUGUCGUAUGUUGGAAAUCAUGGCCAUUAGUAAUAUCUCUGUAUACUGCCUACUCUCAAUUUUAUUUAUUUUUAGAUGUUUCAGAUGUUCAAGAACAUCGAUUAUUUGUAAGGGUGUC